AUGGACGCCGUCGUAUCGGCGGCGACGGUUGAGUGCCCCCACAGCAGCUGCGGGAGCUUGGUGGCCUACCACCAGGUCCACGACCACAAGAUUGCAUGCCCGCACGCCCCUUGCGCUUGCACGGAGCCCGGCCGCGACUUCGCCGCCCCGCCAACAGCGCUCGUCGCCCACUUCGCAGCGGCCCACUCAAUCCAAGUGCACAAGCUCCCGCCGUACAACACGAGCAAAGUGUUCCAGUGCCGGUGCCGGUGCCGGUCUACCGCCUUCCAUUCGUCUUCCCCAUUUCCGCAAAAAAUCCGUCGCAAUACUCCGUGCCCAUCAUCUCUCACCUCGCCGGACCACCGCACCGGAAUAUCCCAGCCGUACUUAGCCGGCAUACCACCUCACCUACCUGAGGCCACCGACUCCCUCGUCCGCGGCACUCAGAUCCGCUUCACCAACGCCGCCGUGUACCGCAUCGGAUCUGCUUCACCGGCCGCUACAUCCGCAGCACUCGCAUCCGCUUCACCAACGCCGCCGUGCACCGCACUAUCCGAGUUCACCGACUCCUCGUCCGCCGUACCUCGAUCCGCUUCACCAACGACGCCGUGCACCGCACCGGAUCUCGCUUCACCGACUCGCUCGUUUCAGAUCUGCUUCCCCGAACCCAUCAUCGACCGCCCCGGAUCCGCUUCCUCGACGCCGACGCCCACCGCAACCGCAAGCACCCCCGCCGUCGUCGACGUGACCCGCGAGGAUGCCGAGUAUGACUACACGAAGCCGCCGCCGAGCUGCGGGGGUCAGAGCGCAAUGGCGGGGGGAUGCGGCAUCGCCGGCGAAGGAACGCUCGCGCGGUGGCGGAGGGCGGCGGCCAAGCGGAUCGGCUUCUCCUGCGCCUCCUUCUUCUCCUCCCACGCCGCCUCUCCCUCCCCGCCGCCUCCCAAGACCAUCUCCUGCUCAGCAGUGAAUGCUCCAGCAGACAGGAGUGAUGGAGAACAGGAAAAGCUGGAGGAGCCGACCAGCACUAGAAUGGCUGACAAGAACCUGUGUGCAAUAUGUUUGGAGAGCCUCAGCAUCAGCAGCAGUGACAUUGACAACAGCGACAGGCCAGCGAUCUUCACAGCCCAAUGCUCCCACUCUUUCCACUUUCUGUGCAUCGCCUCCAACAUCCGGCACGGCAAUGUCACAUGCCCUAUCUGCCGUGCGCAGUGGUCUCAGCUGCCGCGUGACAUGAAGGUGCCACCGCUGCUGCACAACCAGUCUGAUCCGAUCCUCCGCAUCCUCGACGACAACAUCGCGACGUCCCGUGUCAACAGAAGGUCCUCCAUCCGUGCCACCCGCUACAACGAUGAUGACCCCGUCGAGCCUUACACUCUGACGGAGCAUGUCGACCCGUGCCUGCGCUUCGCCCUGAUCCCGUCUCCAGUGGCAGCAGCUCACCACCAUGCUCUCGGACACUACCCUUGUGGACGCAUGAUGCCACUACAACAGCACUGCCAGUACAGCAGCUCCUCCAUGCUUUCGCCAUCGCAGAUGGCUUCACCAAGCGCGCAGAGGCGUGCUUACCUCUCAGUCAGUCUAGCUCCACAGCCAGCCAUGGACCUCGUCUUGGUUGCCAGCCCCAACGGCCCACACCUGAGACUCCUGAAGCAGGCAGUGGCACUUGUCGUCUUCUCCAUGCGCGCCAUCGACCGGUUAGCCAUCGUCACAAAUGCUACCACUGCAACCCGCGCAUUCCCCUUGCGCCGGAUGUCGUCCCACGGCAAACGGAUGGCGCUACAGGUCAUCGAGCACCUCUGCUCCGUCGGUGGAAAUGAUCCAGUAGGGGCCUUGCAGAAGGGUCUGAAGAUACUCGAGGACCGGGCGCACCAGAACCCUAGCAAAUGCAUCCUUCACCUCUCCGACCAUCCGAUCCGCAGCUAUGUUGGGGUGGACAUGAACCGUUCGAACAUCCCGGUCCACCAGUUCCACGUCGGGCUCGGCUUCGGGGUGCAGAACAGCUUCGUGAUGCAUGAGUUCGAGGAGCUCCUGGCGCGGUUGCUCGGCGGCGUGAUAGGGGACACCCAGCUGAGGAUAGGUGAGCAUGGUGGGGUGGUGAGGCUUGGCGAGCUGAGGGGUGGCGAGGAGAGGAGGAUCCCGCUUGACCUGGUGGCGGACUGUGGCUUCAUUCUGGUCGGUUAUAGCUACCUGGAGGGUGGAAGGGAGGAUCAGCCGAGGAACGGCGAGGCCGCGGUCGGGUUUGAGGAGAAAGGUGGCGACAACAGGUGCUGCGGGAUAAGGGACAUGGGUCCAAGCAUCGGCGGCGGUGAGAGGAGGAGCAGCUGCUGCGCCGAGAGCUGGGACCAUCUUGACCCAUUCAUGGCGCGGCGGUGGGCUAAGCAUUUCAACGUGUACAGAUCCUGAGUUGUUGAAGAGAUGUGGAGCGUCUUGGUGAUGAUCGGAUGAAGAAGUCUGGUUGCCAGUUCGACAGGAUAUGAUUCUUGGUUGGUUCUUUUGUUUUUUACAUUCCUGCGAGUCUCAGGGAAGUGUUUGUUAUUCUUUUCUUGGCUUUUGUUGUGGAUCUGAGUCCCAUGUUAUUUGGAUGUGUGCAGAGGGUUAUCUUUCGUUUUCA